AUGGUCGCUGUCGAUUACCAAGAGGUAUCGAGGCAGGUCGAUAGUUUGGCUGCCUCCCAAACUCCUCUAUCCUUGCUGGUUCAGGAAGCGUUGGAAGUCCUCGACGAAGCGUUGGACGAAUUUGGGCUCGAGCAUGUAUCACUUAGUUUCAACGGUGGCAAGGAUUGUACCGUGUUGCUCCAUCUUCUAGUGGCCGUCCUGGGCCGUAGAGGCGUUUCAAACAGGCCAACGCCGUCUGUGUACAUUCCUGUCCCUUCGCCAUUCCCGCAGCUGGAAACAUUCAUCGACGAGGCUGCAAAGGAGUACAACCUCGAUCUGUUUCAUUGUCCACUGCCGGAGCCGGAUCAACCUGUGGAGACGGUGGCCACUCCGGCGACACCCUCUCCAUCAUUAGCGAAUGGCCAUAAUGAUGGAUAUAUGAAACCGAAAAUGAAAGCAAAGGGAGGGGACGGAAUGAAGCACGCUUUAGAAAGCUACAAAGCACGAUUCCCUCACAUAAGUGCCAUCCUCAUUGGCACACGGCGAGGCGACCCCCAUGGAGCCACAUUAACCCACCGUAACCCGUGCGAUCCGGGUUGGCCGCGAUUUGUGCGGAUAAAUCCCAUCAUCAAUUGGUCUUACAGUGCGGUGUGGGAAUACCUACGCGUCCUGAAAGUACCAUAUUGUAGUUUGUAUGAUGAGGGGUACACGUCCCUUGGAUCCACAUACAAUACUUUCCGCAAUCCCGCACUCCUUGUACAACCCUCCUGCCACAAAUGUGCGCCGUACCGCACACUUCAGCUUCUGACGACCACAACAUCCAGUUCAUCGUUCGACCCAGACAGCUCUAAACCACGCGUUCCGACACCCUUUUCCAACGACCUUGUCUCCUCAUCCCUAACCCCGGACGCCGCCGCUCUACAGACACUUCCAGACAAGUUUGAGGUCAUCCCAACAGACCCCCGCAGUGUAUGCGUCGCAGACGCUACCGGGUGUGACCCGCUCCCAGACACGCUGGAGAUGAUUCGUGGAGACCCCGCCUCGACGUGUCAUGCCGACGCCUCGCGCUACGAUCCUCUGCCCGAUAAGCUGGAGUGGAUUCGGGGUGAUCCCAACGCACAGUGCUUUGCCGACGACUGCGGCUGUCAGCCACGUUAUCGACCUGCAUACGAGCUGCUGGAUGGGAGCCUGGAGAGGGCAGGUAGGGGCUCUGGUGUGAAGUUGGCUGCAUAA